UGCAGGUUGUGUAAAAUAGACAGGUGUCGGGACCUUGUGCAAGAUGCAGUCAUGGCUUCAGGGUUUUGCAACACCUGCUCGCAGUUGUUGAAGGAAUUUGCGGAUCACUUGAGGAGCGCUUGGAGAGAGCUGGAGAUCAAGAUAAAGGACGCUUUCAGAGAGAUUGGACGGUGCAAUUGCUUUAGGAUUUCAUCCGAGAGAAGGACGGCUUUUGAUUUGCCUUCCUUACGCCUCAACUGUGACAACGAAACUCAACUUCUCAGCCAGGAAAGUCUGCAAACACUGAACAAACUUGCAACCUCAGAAAACACUGAUCUACAAAUGACUUCAGCCAUGUAUUAUCUACACCUCAGUCAUCAUCUGAACUGUCCAUUACCAGAUGCCUUCAUGGAGCCCAUCGUGGCUCUACUUUUAUCAUCUGAUCUCGAUGUUCAAAAGACUGUCUCUCUCGCCCUUGUAAAUCUGUUAAUAAAGAAUAAUGUGUGUAAAGAAUUGGUGAUAGAAAUGGGGAUGCUGGUGCCCAUAAUUGAGUUGUUCCGGUCAGGUGAUCCCACUGCUCAGUGUCACUCCUGUGCCUGUGUUGCCAUGUUGGCCUCCUCAGAGUCAAAUCGAGAUUCUUUGAUGGUUGAUGGAAUCAUACCACUCUUGGCUUUAGCAAAAUCUUUUGAUCCAAAGGUCCAACGGAAUGCAACUUGGGCUCUAUUACACCUCACGCAGUCAGAUUGGUCAACAAGGCUGUUAUGCCAAGCAGGAGUGAUUCCUGUUUUGCUUCUUCUCCUACAGUCCUCAGAUUCAGAGGUUCAGUUUUAUAGCUGCACUGCUCUUUGCAACAUUUCUGCUAUCCACGAGCAUCACCCAAGAUUGCUCAGAAUUGGGGGUCACUAUUUAUCAAGGUCUCUGUUGACUCUUAUGUCUUCACCUGUGAAAAAGAAUUCAGCCCAAGCGUGCCGGUGCCUGCAGACUCUUUCAAAGAAUGUUCUCAUUCAGGACCAGCUGAUGGAGCUUGACUGCGUGUUGCCUCUGAAGGCGCUGUUAAAAACCUCUACUUCAGUGUGGAUUGAAUCGGCACUAACGCUACUGUCUACACUGUCGGCACACCCGUCAAACACCGACAUCCUGGUAAGUGAAGGACUAUUGGAGGAAAUUGGUCAGGUGCUUCAUCAUCCCAGAUCAAACUCUGUUAUAGUCACAUACAGCUGCAAGAUAAUCACCAAUCUGUGCACUUCCCACGUUGGUGAGCAGGCUGUGAUGGAAAGUCUGUGCUUACCAGGACUCCUCUGUGCGCUUGUGUCUAACACCCUGUCAGAUGAGACAUUGCUUCAUGUGACAUCAUGCUUGCAUCACCUGAUGGCCUGUGAUGUACUCCGGACAAAAUUGUCAGCAACCAUAACAUCAGAAAAAGUUUCAGGCUUAGUGAAGCUGUCAGAGCAAAUCAGAAAGUCCCAGCUGGCGUACAACUCUGCAGCUAUCAUAAGCGAAUUAGAAAUGACUGAAGAGAUGAUCCGUUUGUUGAAGCCACAUUACACUUCCAUAUCCAAGUACCUGUUGGGAUUCCUCAAAAAGAAAGAUGUUAAAUUCCAGCAGCUUGGCGUAGUUACCAUAUUUAACCUCAAGAAAGAUGGAGACUUUUCAUCUCUGUUGACUAACAGUGAGCUAAAGGUUCAGCUAUUGAAGGUGCAUGCACAGACAGAGGAAACUAGACAGCUGCUUCAAAUGAUUCAGCCCCUUUCUCCAUCUCCUGUCAACUCUGGACUUUCUCAGUGAAGUUACAAAGAGACGCGCACAGACUUUGCAUGAACAUAACCACGUUGCAUGUAAAAGCUACAUUUUUAUAUAAUGUGUUUGUGUUUGUGUUUGUGUGUUUUUUUUUUUUUUUUUUUU